GUUUUUUCGUACUUAAAAAAUCUUUUGGGUUUAUAUGAACCUUUUAGAAUGGGUUCGAAAUGAAUAAGCUCCUCCGGCAAACUUAAGAAUGAGUUUGGGCGGAGCCAUCCCAACUACUACCUGCCACCACCGCUCAGUUUUUCUUCGACCAGUCUAUAGAUUCGGACUAUUCAAACCCAACGGGAUUUCCCGCCAAAAAAGAGGGAGGCUCCUCACUUCCGCCAUUGUUGCCCUAGAUAUAGCCUUCACCAUCAUCAUCGUUGCAACAAUGGAUAAAUUGAUUCAACUCAUCCAACUCGGUUUCCUUUUUCUGUUCACCCUCAUCUCGCUGCCCAACUCACUCUCUCAACAAGGUAAUCAUUCUCAUUUAAUUUAAUCCCGGAGCAAAUCACAUCACAUAUUUCCCGAUCUUUAUCGUUUCUUGAUUUUCCGGUUGAAUCAAGAUUCUUUUCUGCGCCGAAACUAUAUAUCAUUACCGUGAUUCAAAGUCUUGAUUUUUUUUCUCUUCUUCGCAUUUACAGAUUCCUUUUAUAUGGAUUUUGUGGUGGAUGCAGUAGAGAUGCCGUCAGAGGACUACUAUGACUACAUCGUCGUCGGAGGUGGAACCGCCGGUUGUCCCCUGGCGGCGACGUUGUCGGAGAGAUAUAAGGUCCUGGUUCUUGAAAGAGGCGGCGUUCCGUUUGGGAAUCCCAACUUGAUGACCCAAGAGGGGUUUCUGGCCGCCUUAUCCGAAGUCGACGCCUUUGACUCUCCCGCCCAGACAUUUAUAUCCGAAGAUGGCGUCCCAAACGCGCGCGGCCGCGUUCUCGGCGGCAGUAGCGCCAUUAACGCCGGGUUCUACAGCAGAGCCGACGAAGAGUUCUACGCAAGAUCUGGGAUUAACUGGGAUUUCAAUUUGGUGAACCAGUCGUACGAGUGGGUGGAGAGGUCCAUCGUUUUCCGGCCGGAGCUCAAGAGCUGGCAAUCGGCGGUGAGGGAUGGGAUGCUGGAAGCCCGGAUCGACCCUUACAAUGGGUUCACAUUACACCACGUUCUUGGCACCAAAAUUGGUGCCUCCACCUUCGACAACUCCGGCCGCCGUCACAGCGCGGCGGACCUACUGUUCUUCUCAAACUCCAGCAACAUCCGGGUGGUCGUGUACGCCUACGUGGAGAGGAUUCUUCUGGCGGCAACCUCCGCUUCGCCGGAAUCCAAACAAGCCGCGAUUGGGGUGAUUUUCCGUGACCGGAUCGGGCAGUUCCACCACGCGAUGGUGAAGGAUAACGGCGAGGUUCUGCUGACCGCCGGAGCUCUGGGCAGCCCGCAGCUGCUUCUACUUAGCGGAAUCGGACCGAGAUUAUACCUCUCUUCUCUGGGAAUCCCCGUCGCCCACCACUCACCAUACGUCGGACAGUUCGUCUACGACAAUCCCAGAAAUGGAAUCUCAAUCGUCCCUCCAAUCCCUUUGGAGUAUUCUCUCAUACAGGUGGUGGGCAUCACCGGAACCGGCUCUUACCUCGAAGCCGCCUCCAAUUUCAUCCCCUUCGCUUCCCCCAUCAACUCAAUCUUCAUCAGAGCUCCGGCGUCACCGGUCUACCUGGCCGUGGCGACCCUUAUGCAGAAAAUUUCCGGCCCGGCUUCCGUCGGGUCACUCAGACUGGCUUCGCCAGAUGUCAGGGUCAACCCGGUGGUCCGAUUCAAUUACUUCAGCGACCCUGGGGAUUUGCAGAGGUGCGUCAACGGGACCAGGAAGCUCGGGGAUUUGCUGAACACUCGAUCAAUGGAGGUUUACAAAUUUGAUCAGAGAUUCGGCGGAAGGGAUUUCCGGUACGUUGGACCGGCGUUGCCGGUGAACCAAUCAAGCGAUGCUCUCAUGGCGGAGUUUUGCCGUCGGACUGUGAGUACGAUAUGGCAUUAUCACGGCGGCUGUGUUGUGGGCAGAGUGGUGGAUGGAGAUCUGAGAAUGAUCGGAAUUGAUAGCCUGAGAAUCAUCGACGGCUCCACUUUUACUGUUUCUCCGGGGACAAAUCCUCAAGCUACUCUUCUCAUGCUAGGACGGCAUGCUGGUUUGUUGAUGCUGAGAGAAAGAGGGAGCUAAGAAGUUUUUCAAGUAUAUAGACAUACAUGCAGUGUUGUAUUUUGAUCUGUUGUUAGAUAGAUGGGAUUGGAUAGAUAUAUGUACAUGGAUGUGUACAUAUUUUCAUAGUUAUGUGAGUCAUAUGAGAUUAGUUAAUCUGGAUAACAGAAAAACUCAUGUUUGGUAUAUCUCCUUUGCCAUAUAAUUAUUUUCUCAUGAUAAGUUUCAUCUUGAUCACUUGAUUGCAUCUCAAUAG